AUGUCAACAAAAACCUUCACUUUCGUCGCAACCUUCUUCGUCCUUUACUUCACCGUUUUGGCUGGCGUGGCUCCUCGGCCAAAACCCACCAAUGACAAUGGCAAAGGCAAAGGCAAAGGCAAUACAAUGAAACCGAUCGUUGUUCCGAUAAACAGAAGGGGUACUUCCAAAUUCGUCACUGAUUUCCUUUCGGCUCACAACGCCGUGAGACUCCGCCAUGGACAAUCACCUUUAACUUGGAACUACACCGUCGCCAACUUCGCCGAACAGUGGGCUGAAAAGCGUUCCAAUGAUUGCAAGUUGAUCCAUUCGCACGGCUCUUAUGGGGAGAACCUGUUUUGGGGCGACGGCUCGAGGAAUUGGAGGCCUGCGACGGUGGUAAAAUCAUGGGCGUCGGAGCAAGCUUUCUUCGACCCGAUAUCAAACUCGCGCGCCAAAAAAAAGAUGUGUUGCCAUUAUACCCGGGGCCGGGCCGGCCCUGAUUAUACCCAGAUUGUAUGGAAAGAUACGCGUAGCGUGGGUUGCGCCAGUGUUAAAUGCAGUAAUAGCAAAGGAUCGUUCAUCGUUUGCAACUAUGAUCCGCCGGGGAAUUAUGUGAAUGAGCACCCGUUUGGUAGCUUGGACGAUGUUAAGAAGACAAUGAAGAAAUUGUACAGAUAG